UUCCAAUUGCAUCCAGCUCGAUACCUAUAGUCUUCUUCAUUCUUCCGACGUCGUUGUUCUUCUUACUUGUCUAUCUUUAGCUAGAUCAGGCUGAGAGACAUAAUUCCUGAAGUCAAGGAAAUCUAGCCAACCGGAAACUCCUGACACGCAUGCCUCAUACUACGAUACGGCAGGAUACGGCAGUAUGUUUCUCCGGAGCCGUGAACAGUGCAAUAAUUUACUACGACCGGUCUAUCUUGGGUCUAUCAAUGGACUUGGAAGCGUAGUUUCUCCUCUGCUACCGGGCAGGAUGCUGCGCAGAGUGUACGACAAUACUGUAGUAUUCUUGUCUGUCUAUUUUCGUUAUUAUUACGUCCGGGACAGCCAGUCAAAUCUUGUACCUCGUCCAUGCUAUUUUCGGACGAAUUUCAUAUAUCGUCGGAUACACGGCUCGAUUCGGAGGGUGGAGACGAAUCAAACUGCAAACUGUUCACCGGCCUCGUGUGAUGGGACACUCCUAGAAAGGUCUAGUAACGAAUCAGGCUUGAUCUACCGAUUCGUCCUACUUGUUAACCCGGCAUCUCUAAAUUGGUAUAAAGGUGGGCAUGUUGCCAAUGACUUUUCCCCAGUCAAGCUCCGGAACUCGUAUCUAAAUCAACAUUGCAUUCACCCUCACACACACACAUCUAUGUGCACCUCAUCAUCAUCCUCCGUCGUGGUCUGCGAUCAUUCCGGACAUCGCUCUUCAUCUGUGCGCCCAGCGUUGACUACGUCGGGCCCGAAGGGUCGCGGUGCCAGCGAGCCUCAAUGUUGCCAUUGUGGGUGGAGAGGCGCCCACGCCCCAGGGUGUCCUUUCGGGUAAAGGAAGGGGAACCAGGAUUCUGUGCGUUAUUCCUUCUUAUCUUCUCUUUUCUUGCCGCUUACGAGCCACUUUGGGGCCACUUCGUCAUCAGAAGUCCUACUCCACACUGCGCGCGUCAUGCAUGUUCUUAAUCAUUGCUUCACAGCUCCCAUUCAAAUACAGUCCAUCGCCGUCGUAAUUGCUUUAUAUUGCUUGUGUUACAGCUUUCCGCUCCUAUCACAUAUUUAUUCCACUUAUAAUAGGACCUCUCAUAGAUGGCCUGUACGUGUAUAAUUGUACCUUCGUAAUUGUACAAUUGCAUUUCUGCACUCGAGCC